AUGGUUAAGAAACAUAGUGGUGCUUUCUAUCGGCAAAAAAAGAAAGAAAAUGCUUCUGAAACUGCCAAAGUAUUAGCUAAAACGCCUAAACUGUACAAUUAUUUUCAACAAAAUCCUCCAAAUCUUACAAGAGAGAAUGUCCAGAAUGAUAACCAUAGUUUGAGUAAUGAUAACGCUGUUUCACAACACUGCUCUAGUGCUCAUUCCCCUGAUCAACCUGAAAAAACUGAAGUAAAUGAGCAGAAGAUUGAACUACUUCGUACAAUAAAUUCAACGUUUGAUAACACUGUCACUUCAGAUCUUACUAUUGAUAACAAAGUUAAUGAUCUAUCAAGAACGGAAGAAAACCAUUAUAUUAUUGAUGAAGUACAUGAAAACCUAGUAACUGUUAUUCCUAGAGAUGAUCCAACAUUGUGGAUAGUGAAUGAAACAACCAAAGAUUAUUUUUCAUUUAAUGGCUUUAAUCAAAACCUGGAAAACAAUGAUUUUUCAAAAUCAAAAAGACUUUCUACAAAACGAAUGCGGGGUGCUCAGCUUGGUUUUAGUAACUGGAAGAAAGGAGAAGAAAAAAUAUCACAGCAUGAAAAUUCGAUUUCACAUAAAUCUUGUGUUCUUAAAAUGUCUCAAAGAGGUUCUGUAUUAGAACGAAUUGAUAAACAACUUAUUUUACAAGUAGAAACAGAAAAAAUGUAUUGGGAAAAAGUGUUGACAAGAGUAGCAGCUGUUGUAAAAUCGUUGAGUUCCAGAGGACUUCCAUUGAGAGGACAUGAUGAUAAAUUUGGUUCUACUCAUAGUGGAAAUUUUAUAAUGAGCUUAGAGCUCAUAGCUGAAUUUGAUCCAUUUCUUUCCAAUCAUAUUGCACAAUAUGCCAAUAAAGGAAAAGGAAGCACAUCUUAUUUAUCUUUUGCAAAUUUUGAACAAUUUGUUUACAUUAUGGCUGAAAAAGUAAAAGAAACUAUAGUCAAUGAAAUUAAAGAUGCAAACUAUUUCUCUAUAGUAGUAGAUUCAACGCCUGACAUUUCUCAUACCGAUCAAUUGUCAUUAAUAUUCAGAUAUGUAAAAAAGAAUGGUGAACCUGUUGAAAGAUUUUUACAGUUUUUUGCCAAUGCUGGACAUAAGUCUGAAGAUAUGGCUGAUGCAAUUUUUAUGGCGUUAGGAGCAAAUGAUCUGAAUAUUAAAAAUUGCCGUGGCCAGUCAUACGAUAACGCAUCUAAUAUGUCAGGCAUGUACUCAGGACUUCAGGCAAGAAUAAAAGAAGCGUGUAUCCAUGCAGUUUACAUUCCUUGUGCUGCACAUUCAUUAAACUUAGUUGGUGAAUGUGCAGCCAGUUGCUGUACACAGAGAUUAUCAGACACUCGGUGGUCUGCACGCCAUGAUGCUUGUCUAAGUCUAUCUCGAAAUUGGAAUGAAAUUAUAAAAGCUUUAAAUAUAAUUAUACAUAGUUCAACAGAAAAAUCAACAACCAAAUGUGAAGCCAAAGGUUUAUUGAAAAAUCUGAAAAGUUUAGAAAUGGGUAUACUAACAACACUUUGGAAUGAUAUAUUGGAAAGAUUCAACUGUAUUAGUAAAAAACUGCAGAGUGUUCACAUUGAUUUAACAACAGUUGUGACUUUGUACAAAUCAUUAAUAUAUUAUAUUCAAGACUUACGAAAUAGUUUUGCAUUCUAUGAAAAAUUGGGUAAAGAAAAAUCUGGUGUAGAUCAAUACAAAAUUGAACGAAAAAGAAAAAGGAAAAUGCCUUAUGGAGAGUCAAAUCAAAAUAAUUCAACAUUUCAACAAAGCGACUCAUUUAGAGUAAAUACUUUUACAGUUAUAUUAGAUUCAUUACUUACAGAGCUAAACAAAAGAAAGAGUGCUUAUGAUAAAGUUAAUAUAAAAUUUGGUUUUUUAUUUAAUCUUACUAAGUUGCCACUAUCCAAGGUAAGAGAACAAGCCAUACAACUACAAUUAGAAUAUCCAGAAGACCUGGGUUCAUCAUUCUCUAAUGAAUGUAUUCAUUUUCGUAGUCAUUUAUUUGGAUUAGAAGAUAAUAAUUUGCCAUUAACUGUUUUAGAUUUGUACAAAAUAUUUAAAGAUCCUAAUAUUUCUAGUUUGUAUCCAUACAUUGAAAUAGCAUUACGAAUGUAUUUAUGCAGUCCGGUAUCAAAUUGUUCAGCAGAACGAUCCUUUAGUGCACUAAAAAGAAUAAAAUCCUACUUAAGAUCAACUAUUGAUAAUGACAGACUUAAUUCAUUGGCUAUACUGAGUAUAGAAUCAGAAAUUACCAGUUCUCUUAAAUAUAAAAAAGUAAUUGAAGAAUUUUCUUUACAAAAGGCCCAUCGUGAAUUGGCCAAAACUAAAUGGAAAAAUUUGCGUGAUUCCUAUAUGAGAUUCAAAAAAAGUGUAAAAGGAGAAACAGGGCAAGCUAAGAAAUACCAUAAAUGGCCAUGGAGUAGCCACAUGGCAUUUUUAGAUGAUACUCUCAAAUGUCGUCCUCCAAGCAGUAAUAUACCUGAUAUGUCAAUAGGAUCACCUAAUAGACCAGAAACACCACCACAGGCGGCCAGAGUUCAGAUACACAUGAAAGUAUUAUUUCUCCAAGUACCAAACAAAUGCCACCCCCUUUAA